AUGGAAGAGUCGACGAAUAUCGAUAUGAGAGAGCAUGAGGAAGUGGAGGUGGAGAAGUAUGAAUAUGAGAGUGAAGGGCUAUCGCCGCAGGCGGCGUUGGCACAAGAGACAUCGCACAUCUCGGACGACGAAGACGAAGACGAGGAACCUGAUCACGGUCUUACCAAUGCGAUAUCAGCGAAAGGAUGGUUUAAGAAACCGAGGGCGCGGUACCUCCUCGGAAGCCCCGGGCUCAGCCCUCGUCGGGCAGGAGGAUUUGGCGGCCUGGCAUCGCCGACAGGAUCGGCCGCAAGUGGAUAUUCGCGCGAGGAGCUGGAGGGAGAUGGGCCCGACGCCCCUGACGAGACUUUGCCGCCCUUGUUUCCUGUAGAAGGAAGAGAAUGGUUGAUGGGAAAAGUGAGCACAUUCGUGGUGGAAUCAAUGUCCAUCAGAGAUGGGAUAUUAGACCGGAUCAGGGGGCAUGUGAAUGAGGAGGAUUACGAAUCUAUCAAGAAACUACUGGGAAAGAUAUCCCAAAAGAUCAUGGAACUUGAACCCGAUGUCGAAGAAGCAAGUCGAAUUCUCCCCGAGACGAAGAGUGACAGCAUGCGUAAACAGAGUGGAAGCCGAGCACGAUCCGAGACCGAAGACUUCGGAGGACAUGAGACAUUGGAAGCACUUGUCGAAGAUCGAGACCAUUGGAAGCACACUGCGGAAGCUUGGGAAGGGAAAUACCACGAUAUGGCGGGAAAGCACGCCUCGAUGAUAAGGAAGCAUGAAAGAAGGAAAGCAAAGUCCGACGCAGGGAGUUCGGUCGAAGAUAGAGAGACAAACAUCCAUUUCCAAGUCAAGGAUCGACUGAUCGAAGACCUGCAGAAGGAGCUCAUCUCGAGCCGGGCAACUAUUCAAGAACUCAAGGACACGGUCCGGAUGCAGCGGAAGCAACUCCAUCUGGAGGCAGAAAGCUCCAAAGAGCUCAGUGCUUUGGCAGCAGACUUGGAGGCAGAGACCAAGAGGAGCUACUACGGCUUAGACAUUACCGGGCAGGGCGACGACCGCAGGACAGUGUCCGACUCGCAAGUUCUCGCCGAAGCCCUCAACGAGGAGGAGCAAGAAGCAGUCAUCGCCAGGAGCGAGGAAAAGAAGAAGCUGAAGGAGAGGCUCAAACAACUCCGACGCGAAAUAGCGGAGAGGGAUGCCGCAUCGAUUGACCCCCUGGGUCCCCAUUUUGCGAUCCUCAACCGGGAGACGGAACUCAUGGCAGGCCUUGAGAAACUGCUUCCCAAGCGCGUGUCUCCCGAGGCAGAGGCUGAAGUCACAACGCCUGCCGAGACGGAUCCGGCGCAGGCUGAACCCUACGCCGAAAUUGAAGAUGGCGAUCGCUACGGGAAAGGUUCAGAAAAGCCGGACGCUCAGCCAGAAGAAGAUGAAGUAGAGAGACUUGAAAGGCUGGUGGCUCUGGAGCAAGACAAUGAAGCUCUUAGAUUGGAAGUCGAGAAGCUCAACGAUCAACUUGACGAAGCACGGUGGGAGAGUAGACAUGAAGCAGCUCCUCCGUCACCUGAGGACGAAACGAUGGGACAGAUCUUCGACGACGAUCUGGAGGAAGCAGAAACGCAAUCUACUUCGACGAAAGCAGAUGGAGCACCGGCACCCGCGGGCGAAACUGGAGCCAGGUCUCCUCCCAGACGAGCUACAGUUUACUCACUGUGCUUCCUUGCGAUCUUUGCUAUGUACAAUAUCGUCGUGUACAUAGCGAACCAGGAGGAGCGCAAGAUAUGGCUGAAAGCAAACCGCUCUUGGACUCGGCCCUAUCUGAUUGGCUUGCUAGAAAGACGUCCGCGUCCAUGGUGGCUCGGGCUUGACAUAGACGAGAGGCUCGUGUUCCAGCCUUGGAUGGGGUCUAUGGGGUGGAUGUCCUGGGUUGGAGUUGUGAUGGAGUUCAUUCACGGGUGGUACUAUCCACGAGAACAGCUUUGGUAA